CUUAAAUCUGGCGAUAGAACUGCGGAAAAACAAAAAAGACCCUCUUCGAACUCGAAUAACUUUUACAAAAACUUCACAGCUUCGUUUCGACAGGCCAUUGUUUUGGGCAUAAACAAGUAAGGAUGGAGAAAAAUGAAGUGGGUAUUUCCUGGUUUUGAAGGAACGAGUCUGAAUUUUGUGUAAUUUGGUUCACAGGAGUGGAUAUCACUGGGUUUUGUGCAAAGGGAAAAUUUUGGUUGAAAAAGGCUUCAAAUUUUGUUUGUAAUGGAAGAAGGGACGGGUAUAAACACUGUUCUACCGAACUUAGGCGAUAAAUCUAGGGUUUUGGAUGUAAAACCGAUACGUUUUUUGGUUCCCCAGUUUCCGGAUGCAUCUAACGGUCCCCCUUUCUUUUGUGCACCUCCUAAUGGCCCUUUUCCGUCUGGGUUUUCACCCUUUCCCCCCUUUAGCGGACCACAAGGAUCCCAGUCGACACCUGGUCUUAACCGACACGAGUUCUGUUCAACUGCUGUGCCAAUUCGGUCAUUUAGAGCGGAACCGAUAGAUUCUAACUGCCAAAAUGUGCAUAAAGAGAAGCCAUCUGGGUCGAGUUCUAUUAAAAAGAAAGCGAAGAAGAGGAAAGUUUUUGAGUUUGCGUUCACUGCUCCUACUGAUUUCAAUCCCGGAAUUAGUUUAUCUGAGCGUGAUAACGGUAACAGGGAAUUGGUUGAAAAUGUGCUUUCGAGGUUUGAUGCGCUUAGGAGAAAGCUUAGCCAAAUGGAGGAUGCGUCUCAAUCGCAUUCUGGGAUUAUUAAGCACUCGGUCUUAAAAGCUAGCAACAUAAUGAUGAGCAAUGGGGUGCGGACUAAUGCGGUAAAGAGAAUUGGGGUCGUUCCUGGUGUUGAAAUUGGGGACAUUUUCUUCUUCCGGUUGGAGUUGUGUUUAGUGGGGUUGCAUGCUCAGACCAUGGCUGGGAUUGACCCCAUGCCUAUGAAGGGUGAUUUAGAGGGGGAGCGAGUGGCUGUGAGCAUCGUUUCAGCUGGAGGGUAUGAUGAUGAUGUCAAAGAUCCUGAUGUUUUGGUAUACACCGGUCAUGGUGGGAAUGCCAGUGGUGAUAAAGGAGCAUCCGAUCAGAAGCUUGUGAGGGGCAAUCUUGCUUUGGAAAGGAGCUUGCACCGAGCCAAUGAAGUAAGAGUCAUUCGAGGUUUUCAGGAUUCUGCCCACCAAGCAUCUAAGGUCUAUGUAUACGAUGGGAUUUACAAAGUCCAAGAGUCGUGGAUGGAGAAGGGGAAAACGGGCUGUAAUAUGUUCAAGUAUAAACUGGUAAGGAUCCCUGGGCAAAGAGGUGCUUUUGCAACUUGGAAAAUGAUUCAGAAAUGGAAGGAAUGUCUGUCUCCAAGGGAUGGACUUAUUCUUCCUGACCUCACUUCCGGUACGGAAAGCACACCUGUUUCACUCGUGAACGAGGUUGACGAUGAAAAGGGGCCCGCCCAUUUCACGUAUUUAUCUACUAUCAAAUAUCCAAAAUCAUUCAAAUUAUUGCAACCUUCUUUCUGCUGCAGUUGUUGUGAUGUGUGCCAACCAGGAAAUUCAAUCUGCACCUGCUUUAAGAAAAAUGGAGGUUAUUUACCUUACACUUCCUACGGGAAUCUAGUGUGUCGAAAACCCUUGAUAUAUGAAUGUGGUUCCUCAUGCCCGUGCCUUCAGAACUGCAAAAAUAGAGUUACACAGACUGGUUUUAAGGUUCACUUCGAAGUUUUUAAGACAAGAGAUAGGGGUUGGGGUCUGCGAUCAUGGGACCCUAUUCGUGCCGGUUCUUUUAUUUGUGAAUAUGCAGGUGAAGUUGUUGACAACACUGAUGCAAAGCCGGAUGGGGGAGAUGUCGAAAGCAACGAGUAUGCUUUUCAUACAAAUAGAGUCUAUGAACCCUUCAAGUGGAAUUAUGAAGCCGAGAUAGUAGGAGAGGGAAGUUCCAACACUUCCGAAGAUUAUGAUAUUCCAUCUCCCCUAGUCAUAAGUUCGAAGAACAGUGGAAAUGUAGCUCGGUUCAUGAAUCACAGUUGCUCACCAAAUGUUUUCUGGCAGCCAGUCAUGUAUGAAUAUAACAAUGAAGUUCUCCUCCAUAUUGCUUUCUUUGCUAAGAGGCACAUCCCUCCAAUGACAGAGCUGACAUACGAUUACGGCAUUCCGUUCUCCGAUGAGAAGGAAAGUAACAACGUGGACUAUGGAAAGAAGAAAUGCUUAUGUGGAUCGGCGAAAUGCCGAGGUUAUUUUUAUUGAAGACAAGCGAAACUUUUGGCGUCUUGAAAGGAGUCUUGGACCUCUAUCAUCUUUUUGUCGAAUCAAGUAACUCUUAUGUAUUUCCAUUUUUGUGUUCGCAGGCUGUUCUAGGGUUAAUCUUAUGCCAUUUCAAGCGGAAUUGACAAGUUAUAGAAAGUUAGAAACCAUAUAUGGGAUGUCUUUCCGUAGGUCAGCAGGAGUUACUUGAGAAAUGCAGAAUGCUUGGUGUUUCACUUAAUUUUGUCUUAAAAUCACUUUUUAG